CUGGGAUUUGGCGCGAAUAAUCAACUGGUAACGGGCAACAAAGAGUAAACGUACUAGAAGAAUAAGAAACAAGUCUUACGCAAGCAGAACAAUGAAUAAACCCAUUUUGUGAUAAGCUUCCCGUUUUGUACUCGAACCGCGACUUUCAAUUUUUAAAUAUAUGACUGUUGUGCCAGUUCUCCGUGUUCUUACUUCACUGGCAUUUACCGGUCCUGACAGUUGUGUUGUUUCAGACUGCUCGUGCUUGCAAGUAAACGCUAAUAAAAGAGCUGAAACUGACAGGCCCGGCAGACAUUAACCAUUCCCUUCUAAACAAUUAUAUUCAAUGCUAGCUGCUUGUUUAACAAAUAAACUUAGUAUUGGUUUGAUACCAACCUUUGGUCUCCGUGCUCCUGAAUUCAUAAUCAGAAGGCAUCUACUUUCUCCCAGUCGUCCAAUUAAAUUAGAACUAAUUGGUCACCUCCAAAAGGCCUCUGAAUCUUUAUAUGAACCUGGUCAAAUAUUCUUACACAAGAAAUUUGGUUAUCGUGGCAUUGUGCUACAGCGUUGGAAGGGAAAGCUGUUCGAUCGUAAUCUACAAUCUACGAAAUCAGUAGAACUGACGUCUCAUGAAUCUGCAAAGGGAGAAGAAUCUGAAAUAAAUGUUUACCAAGUUCUAACGGAUCAAAGCGACACUGAAAUUUGUAAUUCUGCUUUAAAACAUGGUAUUACUUUUUUACCUGAUGAUAAACGAGCAUUUAAUGCCAUAUAUAUAGUGUCAGAAAUGGACUACGUUUUCCAUGAUGAUAUCAUACCUUACGUUCCGCAGGAUGUUUCGCCAAUUAGAAAUCAAUAUUUUAGUGAAUUCUUGCUUUCUACUCCAGACAAAGAUCCACCAUUUAUUCCAACCGAUCAUUUAAGACGCUGGAUUGAGGCGCGAAAGCAAAGUCUAGAAGUUACAUCGAUACAUCGCGAAGUGACCGAAGGUAUUCAAACGACAGUAAUGCCUUUUUACAUGGGCCGUCGAGUAACAGAGGAUAGAAAAGAAAAUGAUGUACGCUACAGAACGAAAAAGAAGUCAGGGUUAACGAACUACUUUGAAGAUACCUGUGCCAAGAGAUCAGUAAAAUAUGGAGGCCGCGGCCAACCGAUUUCCGAAGUCACUGUGGGACGUCUACACUUCCGUUGUUAAACUGUGUUACAAAAGUUUUAUAAUGUAUGUAGCGUUUACAUCUACAUUCGAUUGACAUCCCUCCCUACUGAUCAAUCAUAUUUAGUCAGUUAAUAUAUAUCUAUAAUUAUUAUAUUGUAUUGAUAAAUCGUCCUUUCAGGCUGAGCUAUCAGUGUGGGGAGUUUUUACUGCUUACUUACGCCUGUUAACCCGCGUUGCCUGUCGAAAAGUUUAAUUGGUAGCUAAUUUCGAGGUCAAAACGAGGUUGCGUAAUAAUCGAAAAGUAAAAAAUGAUAAAACCGAAUGGAUGAGAUAUAAAUAACCACUUAAGGAAUAUGAGAAAGAUGAAUACAUUUAAAAAAAUCAGAAUAAAGCCCUGUAAAUAAUCGACUGUGUAUAAGAAAUUAGGUGUAUGAGUCGUGGUAUAAUGAUAGCUUGCAGCCAUAGCUCAGGAUUGGAACGAACCGCUAAUGCCUCUGCGGCGAAAUCAUCUAUAACAUAUUGUAGCGUAGUUGGAUUUGUGAUUUAAGACUAAUAAUUUUUUAAAUGUUCUAGCUUGUCAAGCGUAAAUCUCAGCAUUGUUUUAACUGAAAAAAUGAUAAUCUGAC